AUGAUUGAUCAAACUGUAGUAGUCUUCGCUAGCCCUGUGACGUCAACAGCCAACUCAGCAGCCGCUAUUCUCAUAACUGGUGUACCGCAGGCUCUGAUGAAAAUGUACUCUCUCGAUUGCAGUGAACUGGAAACGAGUCGGAAGUGCUCGUGGCGAGCGGUUUUGAGCAACAACAAAUCAUUACUGGCAAGUUCCCUUCAUUCGGUAAAUGUCUGUGAAGGCCUUAUUUUUGGAGGACUCAGUGAUGAACAGACUGUUCAAACAGCGAAUAACACGUUAGUGUUUGUAACAGCGUUUUGGACAGAUUGAAUAACCGUAAUUGAACAGUGUUUAUAUGGCAGCCGAGUUGACGUGGUUACUGUUACAGUCAGACAGCGUUUUUCAUCUUGCACAGCUUGAAACGAUUCAAAACUGUAAAUCGCACAUGAUUGAAGAUUUCUCCAUAUUAAAAAUGAUAUUUACAAUAGAUACUCAAAGAAAAAUCGAAACAAAAUUUAUGUUUGACUACUUGGAAGGAAUGUUAAGAUUAUUUAGAAAUGCUUUUUACAAAUUCUCCCCAACUAUCUUAGUUUUUGAGAUUUUUGGAUAGAUCAAAUUAAAUGACGUCAAAACCAGGGUAGACAUUUUAAAACUAAAAUAAUCAGGGACGUAACUAGACGCGAUAAACGGGGGGGGGGGCAUGUUCAUAUACUCGUGUUCUGCCCGACGGAUUUCUUCUGAAAGCGAUUGUUUUUACGGCAUGGGAACAUGAAUAUAUGAAUAUCCCCCCCCCUAUUUAUCGCGUCUAGUUACGUCCCUGGAAAUAAUAAUAUCGGUGGAAGGCUUAUACAUAGCUUGUGAUUUAAUUUACUGUGGAAGAGACAGGUGGGACGUCCCUCGGUGAGACGACAUUAUGUCGACAUAGCAUCUUCGAAAUGUUUUUGUUGUAAUUAAGCAAACUGCAUCUUGUAUUACGACUUUAGUAGUGUCUGUUUAGAUCUAUCAAAUAUAUAAUGUUAGUUCUUUGUUUGUAUUUUCUAACCGUUCAAAACUAUAGCUAUUAAGGCCAAUUUUCACUCAAGAAAAUUUUCCACGGACAGAAAUUUUCCGAAAAUAUCAUUGUUAAAAGUAGAACAUUUCAUCUUUAAAUUUUUUUCCGGCGGAGAAUUUGUGUCGGCCAAUCACAUUUUACAAAAUUUUCUGUCUGCGGAAAAUUUUCCUUUUUAACACAAAUUGAAUUUUAUAUGCGUUCACAAAGGCCACGCAGAUCUCACUCGGUUCAUGAGGUCAGCUUCCCGAUUAACUAUGAAAAUUUGUGCGAGUAAUUGCUGAAGGACAAAUUGAUGAAAUUUUGGUGAAAUUUGGAUGAAGAUUGGAUGAGAAAUUACAGUAGAAAAAAUUUGUCUUGCUUUGCCGGGCGGAGUAAACUGAAUGUGUAAUUAGCUCAUUGUAUACAGUAUAAUUUCAGGGCUUGAAAUAACAGACGCACGUUGUUCGGUCAAACAUUUUUUUCUCGGACACGACCCAUUUUUGGUCAGUCUAAUAUUUUGGCGCUCAUAAGGAGUAAUUGGUGCGAUUGAAAAAUUGAAGAAACGUGCAACUUUGAUAGCGGUACCGGCAGACGAGCCCUAAUGUGAUUGAUGACACACACCGUGGACGGUCGUGACUGAAACUGUCAAACUAGCGGACAACGAACAACCAGACAAUUAUUCCUGUGGCGGCAGAACAUGAUCGAACUGUCACAGCAGUAGCGUAGGAAGAUAUUUAAAGUUAGGAGGACUGAAAACUAGGGGGAUUCCGGGCAUGCCCCCCCCCCGUCCGGAAAAAUUGGAAAAUUUGAGGAUCGGCAAUGGCAUUUCUUGCAUGAAAUCCUGCAAAAAAUGCUUCAUACUUGGAUUUGAUGAGUUUGUAAGACUCGGUGAGGGCUGAAAUCGGCGGCAAGUCAGCAUAGUCGAACAACCUGAUAGGAGAUGGGAAAAGCUCACGCUUUUUAACCAAGACAAAACGACUUAAUCUAUUUUUAGAGUGACUUAGCCAUCCUGUGGAAACUAUGACAGGUGCUGAAGCCCUCAGUUUAAAUUCACAUGAAGAAUAUUCCAUUGACCACAAUGUUGGUAAGUUUGUUCACUUUGCCUUUUAGGCAGCGAUCAAGAAUCUUGAUCAUACUACUCUCUUGCUCUGAUUGAGUUUUGAAAUGGCUUAGCCUCCACUUUUACUUCUGGAGGGCUUCCCUAUUCCGCCGUCGCUGUCUUAUAGUCUAGAAUCUAAUUUCAUACUCUCCCUUUUUGGAAACAUAAAUGUCCAGUACGAGCUUUUGUAACAAAAUUUAAUUUUGAACGGAAAGUUAAAUUUCCUUUUAGAGCACGCGAACUGACUAGACAACAUGACUGGUACCAAGGAUUUGUUCGAUCAAUAAUCAUUUCUCACUGCACCAUGUCCGUUGAUCGGCCGUUAUUUCAAAUCCAGAAUUUAUGCUUCAUACAUGAAUUAAGUCACUGGCGGAGGUAUGCACUCAUAUUCGAUCAACUUUCUAUUUUUUCAGGAAAGUAGAAAUUCGAAGAUUUGCCUGGCGUGGCCAGGACGAUCGACAGUUGAAGAUCGAGAGAGACAGGAAAUCGGUGUCUCUAGAGAUAAAUUACGCUAUCAGAUUUGUACAGGUAAGGUCGUAGGCAGUCCAAUAGCUAGGCUUGCUACAGGCGUUGUUGCAACUUUCCGUCUCGUAAACCACCAGCGUCACCAGUAACAAUCAAUGUCACAACUUUUUCAUGUGUGUCGCAUCCGGUGAAUGUGAAAUGAGAUACUCGUGAUGCAAGACACGCGUUUAAACGCGCGUCCCCACGUGUGCAUGUAGUAAAACACUGACUACCGGAACACCACCAAACCCUAACUCCCAACCCUAACCCUAACCUCAAACAAAAUGGUGGUGUUCCGGUGGUGUUCCAGUAGUCAGUGUUUUACUACAUGCCCCCGACGUGUUAACACGAACUGAACAGUCACACACAACACGAAGUCACACAGUAGAGUUAGGCGGUACUUAAAAAUCAUAUCAUGUUUAUCGUGUAAAUAGUUAAAAAAAGCUAUGUACACAUACGAAUCAAUAUCACGCUAGUCAUUGACCAUAGUCAUUGAAUUACGGUAUAUCCUCGCUCAUGUUGCUACCUUCCAUACGAUAAUCAUGAGUACAAAUAUUGCGAUAAUAUCGAAAUGUCGCCCAACUUUAUCACGAACUUCAUUAAAGAGGUCGGGACUUUGGCGGUUCGGGAAUGUGACAAGCUUUUAUACGGCUGUCAAUGAUCGGCUGUCGGAAAAGGGAUCUUCACGUAAAAGCAUUAGAGAGGUUGCCAGGAAAAUAUCUGCGCGUCAGACAGACUCGAAAUAUCAUAACAACUACGCUAAGAUAAUAACAAAAUUUUAACCUAAGAUAGUUUUGCCACAUUCUUACAACUAUUUUGCGAAACAAAUGAAUUCGUAAAACGAAAGGAUACGAAACGUUUUCUCCAAUUUGUUAAAUGUUUUGAUGGCACUAUGCUGGAUACCUGCAACCCGCUGAAAAAAGCAUUUUCAUUUGACGUAUACAAAAUCUCAUUGGCUGUCAUUGACCGUCGGUUUUUUGACAGCCAAUUAGAACGUGUAUUUGUCGUAUAUAUAUAUAUAUAUAUAUAUAUAUAUAUAUAUAUAUAUAUAUAUAUAUAUAUAUAUAUAUAUAUAUAUAUAUAUAUAUAUAUAUAUGUUAUUUACCGUAUUUAUUUUUUUGCCGAAGACUCAGAGGCAAAUGGCAACGGUUUUAUUAGAUUGCGCAUAUUGAACACAAAACAAUAAAAAAAUGUUGAUGUUUAAUUAUUUUACUUUAGAAAACAAACAAUUCAAUUAAAAUACAGUACAAUUAUUUUAUCCAUCAUUAAAAUUAUUUCAAAAUUACAUAUUCAUAUUUUUCUGUUUUAAAACAAGCAUACAAAAUUUUUUUGCUUUGGUUCCGGCAUUAUAUACGUAUAGGAUUCCGGACCGUGGUCAAUUAUCGUAAAAUUCCGCCCGCUGCUGCAGCCAAUCAGAUUGCAGAAAACGCUAGGAUUCCGCCCGCUGCUGAUUUACAAAAAAAAUAAGAACAUGCUAUUUUCAACCGUUUGCAGGCAGAUAUAGAUUUAGUUGUUUAGUUUGAUUGAGUUGCCAACCUUAGGAAUCACUAUAACUUAAAUAGUAGUAUGUAGGUCUAGGACCUAGUUGGGCCUAGCACGAAGCUGCAAGGACUGUGCCGAAAUAUCGUAUCGUGACUUAGGAAUCACUAUAACUUAAAAAGUAGUAUGUAGGUCUAGGACCUAGUUAGGUCUAGCACGAAGCUGCAAGGACUGUGCCGAAAUAUCGUGUUGUGACUUAGGAAUCACUGUAUAACUUAAAUAGUAGUAUGUAGGUCUAGGACCUAGUUGUGUCUAGCACGAAGCUGCAAGGACUGUGCCGAAAUAUCGUAUUUAACUCUUUAUAGACAGGUCCAGAUAAUGGGGAGAUCACCAUGGUUUAAGCUAACGACUUUGCAGGUUCAUAUCUUCGGUUCAGUGUACCCAGCAAGGAGAAAAAAUACUACCAUAGGAUUCACUGAAACAAUAUCUCCUAUUUCCUAACGAUAGUUUUAUACUUUAGUCAAUAUCAACACUGUAGCGAUAUAUGGCCUUUGAAAGUCAAGUCUUGUAUCUUCAGAUUUUCAUCUUUAAUUACGGCAUUUCACUUUGUAGCGUGCGUCUAAACCUGAAAUACAACUUCGAUCGAUGAAAACAUUGAGAUGUUUCUACCCUACACACGUAAAAACGCACAACUUGUUACAUAAAAAUUAUCUGCCAACAAGUUAUUACACUGCGUGUUUAUAGUUGUUGUAACAAGUUUGGAACAACCAGCUGAUGGCAUUAUACGACUUGUACAUGUUACAAAGUUGUUCUAAUAAGCCUGAUACAAUGAUGAUAUAACAACAAGAAUGUUACGAGGUUGACGACACAAGUUUGUAAUAAUGUUAUAACAUCAAUAAGGAUGUUCCAAGUUGUUAACAUCUUGUUACAAACUUGUUGACAACUUGGGACAACCAGUGCGAACACAACUUGUUGACGGCUUGUUGGCAAACUUGUUACAAGGGAGAAACAUCGUUUUUAUUUCUGUUUCCCUUUAAUGUGAAUAACUUUACAUAAGUUCUACAUGAAGAACUAUCCCUAUCUACCACUAUAGGGCUGGUUUUAAUAAGAGUUUCGAAUCAUCUACUUCAAGGUUACUCUCGCUGGUGCUAAAUCACUGCCAGAUGUCCGAAAAAUGGUAAAAGUGUGAACUAAUGAUACACAAGGUAGGCUGCAUUUUCUUCUGAGUGCAAUGUAAAUAGUAUUGGCUAACUCACAGUGUCAACUAUGAAUCCAAAUCACGCUUUCUGCGUCGGAAUAAAAUAGCAGUUGAAUCCAGUGAGGUCUAUACAUAUAUAUCUGAAGUGCGAACUUCAGUCAUUCGGCCUUUAAGAAAAGUGAAGUGAAGAUGACAGAAAUGUCGUGAAAUAGUUAUGAAGGUUGUAAACAGUUUUAAAACCAUGUUUUCAGGAACUAACUGAACCUAUCGCUAAUAACGGUCCUCUAACGACCCUAUCGCUAAUCACAUUAUAUGUUGAUAAAACCAUAGUAUUAUUGUUUAAAUCGAGGUCAAAAUACGAAAUUUCGACACAUUUUUUGCAGACCGCGCAGACAAAAACAAUAGAAAGGGACUGAAACUGACGUCCGAUAGCUCCAUCUUUUCAUUCACUUUUUGGAGUCGAGUUCUCCCUCCAGAUAUAUACAAAACUCACUUGUUCAGGGCCGUUCCUAGACGCGACAAUUGGGGAAGGGGGAGUGUAUAUUCAUAUACUCAUGUUCACAUACCGUAAAAACAAUCGCUUUCAAAAAGAAAUCCGUCGGACUGAACACGAAUAUAUGAAUAUACACACCCCAAUUAUCGGGCUAGGGACGGCCCUACACUGGUUGAAUUAAAAUAUAUAACUGCGACUGGAAGAAUUAAGAUUUGCACACCAAACUAUUUAACUGUUGAAUCGUUCAUUGAGCUUAAACGCCGUUUUGCACUUCAAGUGUAUCGUCGCUAUUUAUUUUGGGUCGAAGUCAUCAGAUCAUUAGUUCCACUCUAGUGCUAAGGAAAGAAAGAAAUACUCUACGCUACGAUACGCUAUGGUUGAAGUGGAAAAUGACCUUAAAGCAUUGUCAAUAGAAUCAGAAGGUUAGGAAACUCGAUGCAGACAUAAUAGAUCUCAUUAUUAGAUCUAUGUUUUUUCUCUUUGUUUAUGCAAGAAAUGGUCGGGUCAUCGCAACGUGUGUAUUGUAUUUUCGCCAGAGGAACCAAUAGCUAUGUUUUAUUUAACCGUUGUGUGAUAUCACGACUGGGUAAUUAAACCAACACACUGCUAUUGGUUGUUAACGGAAAAAAAUAAUAGACACGUGACGAUGAACCGAUCUUUGUUGCAUAAACCAAGACAAAAACAUAGAUAAUGAGGUUUAUUAUAUUCUCAUCGAGUUUCCUAACCUUAUUCAAUUGACCAUAUUUCAAGGAUUAGUGUCAGACCAUGGUAUAGCGAGCUUUUGUUACUGUUUUUUCUUACCCAAAAUCAACAAAUACCGAUAAAAAUUCCUUGCUUCGCACAUUUCAAAACAGGUCAGAUAAAAAGCAAUGAUUCUCAAAAGAUGGUUUAUUCAAUAUAUAAAGCUAUCGUUAGUAGGCCUGUGCAGUGAGCUGUAUAUAUAUCUGGAGCGUGGACUCGUGUUUGAAAAGUGAAGUCAGCUUCGUGUCAACCGCGCAGACAAAAACAAUAGAAAGGGGCUGGAACUGACGUUCAAUAACUCCUUCAAUUUCCGCCAUCUUGGCAAGGAGUGUGCCAAAAUUUCGUAUUUUGACAUCGAUUUAAAGGACAACACCAUGAAAAUGGCACACCUUUUUAAAAUGAUCUAUCAACUGAAAAUUGGAGAAUUUUGGCAAAACUGCUAGUUGAAGGUCGUCUGAUUUUAUUAACACUAAAAUUUUUCACAGUGUUAACUUUACGAGGGCAAAAUGAAAGAUUGAUUUCAUAUGUUUCGCUCAUUUAAUAUCAUUUCAUGCGUAAUGAAGGGUCUGUCAAUUCAUUUUCAUAUCCGCAAAACGUUUAUGCGAUCGGGUGCGGAAUUUGUUUUAAAGCCUAAAGGAAUGAAAAGAGUUUGUUUUACAGAAAAAGAUCGCUUUUCAUUUCGAGGAAAGUUCUGUAAUCAAUUAAAAGAACAAAAUAAAAUUAGAGGCACUCGUUGACUGUAUACCUCCGCCAGAGAAUUAAGUUAAAGAUCAUGCAUAAAUUAUACAAUGCGCUAAUUACGCAUCCAGUUUACUCGGCCCGGCAAAGCAAAACAAACUUUUGCUAAAUUUUCAUCAAAUUUUCAUCCAAAUUUAACUAAAUUUCCCCCAAAUUUUCGUUUUAAUACGCUUGAUAGUUUUUAAGUUGUCAUCCUGACACACACACAGAGUAACAAACAUACAUAUGCACACAGGCUGCCCCCCCUCCCUCAUGAACGAGUCGGCAAAUUGUUGCAUUCAUUCGGCAAAAAUUGAGUUGUUUGGGUAUGGAACGAAUUAUCGAAGUGAAUUAUCUUAAUUUUAACCAAACGUGAAUUUAAGCCUCUAGAUUUCAUAUUCAUAAUCCGCGUGUGUCGGAAAAUGCAAUGUUAACCAAAGUUUAGCAAAUGUGCGCGUGUACCCAGGCUAACGCAGCCCAACCUUAUGACUCGGCAAAACUAUGCCUCACCCCCCCCCCCUAGUAGAAGGAGGCCUAGCGCCACCCCUGGGUAAUAAAAAGCAUUUUUACUAUUUAGGUUGGUGGCUGGAAAAGAAGCAUGGCAGACGUUAUUUAACCGAGUGAUGGACAGUGUUCAUGAUCUUUUGAAACAAAACUACGGUGGACAAUUAUCAAUGAAAAAUUUUGUAAUUGCUUAAAAAACUACAGAAGGCAUGUACUUCCGCCAGCGAAAACCUGUGAGCGAAUAAUGAUUACGUAAUGAAUGUUAACAACAUGCUAUUUCACAUAUCAUGUCCGUCAGACGCUUUCAUCUUACGAAAAUAGCUAAUUUCAAACAAAAACAUCGUAAAAACUAUUAUUUCUUAGUGGCGGGGUGGGAGGUGACCAAUCCCAUUUCCCAGCGAUUUAUUAUGACACCCAGGAGAGCAGGUAUUUCUUGUAUAACACGACUUGGAAACUCAAUUCUGCGUUCAUUUGAUCUCCAUAGAACUAGUUUUGCCUAGUCAUAACGUUUACGGUACCUGUCACCUACAAUUAUGUGUAAAGUUUAUUGAGACAACAACGCAAUUUCCCCCCUCCCGCCCCCCCCCAAAAAAAAAACAAACUAUGUUGUAAAUAUGACAUAAAGCCUGAAUGUCAGCCCAAUUUUAUUCUCAACAUUGUCUAUGGGGGAGGGGUGCAGGAAAUUAAAAAAGAGGAUAAAAAUGUAAAGGUCUCGGUAUUUUUGCACUUGAUUGUAGCCCUGCAGACUCGUUCAGGGACGUAAUAAUGGUUACAGAGCCAAGAGCUUCGUCAGUGACGGUGUUGUUAUUCAAUAAAACUUGUUUAUAACCGCAUCCGGAAUAGUGUUCUUACUUAUUUAAUGAGCAAUCUAAAAAGGAAUUGCGAAAUUCAUAACAGAAACACCCGUUAUUUAUAAGCUCUAUGGGGAGGAGGGCAAGAACUUUAUAAAGAGGAUAAAAAUGUAGAAGUCUCAUUAUUUUUGGACUUGAUUGUAGCUCUGCUGGCUCGUUCAGGGACGUAAUAAUGGAUGCAGAGCCGAGAACUUCCUCAGUGUUCUUAUUCAAUAAACUACAAUGGAUACCAUUUUACGAAUCGGUAUCAGGUAAAUUUACUGCUGCGUUGAGCUGAUUUUCAGGUAAAUUAUAAAUAAGAGCAUUGACAGGCAAACGUGGAAGUUAACAAUUUAUGGGUUGACAAAAGGGCAUGUGCAGUAGGUCUCGCUCAAGCGAGUUUCCUGGUUAGCUUGGCUGAUAUGAUUGAAUAUGCAAGAAUGAAUACACUUUAAGAGACAAUUUCCGUGAACUUGCUUUCUGAUUGGUCGGUUUAAUUGUACCACGUGGGUUCCUUUUUUGUAGCAACAACACACGGCCGCAGAAUAGGAAGGUAUAUCAGAAGCGUAACUCAAGCAAGUAUUUGUCCGCGUUUUUACAAGCGAUUCGUCAUCAAUCACGCCAUCCUGGCUAGUACAACCGGCAGUUUGUACCUAGCAAAACCUGAUAAAAACUUCCGGUUGUACUAGCCAGGAUGGCGUGAGCGAGUUAAAAUUUUCGUGGACGUAAAACAAUAAGGG